CUAAACUUCCUCUUUUCAAAUGUGUAUCGCCUUUUGAACCAUACAACUGACAUGGCGUCACAUGGAAGAAGUUCAGCGGCGGGAUGGCCGAAAGGAAAUACACAGAGUCAAAUGACAGGAAAAUACAUGACUCAAAGCAGUAAUCUUUUGUCGUUAACUAUAAACAGAGCUGUUAAUCUGUAUCCCUUAACUAACUAUACAUUUGGAACUAAAGAGCCUUUAUUUGAAAGAGACAGUUCUGUACCUGCAAGAUUCCAACGAAUGAAGAAUGAAUUUGACAAGAUUGGAAUGAGGCAUUCAGUGGAAGGUGUUCUUUUGGUCCAUGAACAUGGUCUUCCACAUGUACUUUUAUUGCAACUAGGAACCACAUUUUUUAAAUUACCUGGUGGGGAGCUUAGUGCUGGUGAAGAUGAAGUAGAAGGAUUGAAGAGGUUAAUGGCAGAGAUUUUAGGACGACAAGAUGGGGUUAAACAAGAGUGGAUUAUUGAAGAUAUUGUAGGAAGAUGGUGGAGACCUAAUUUUGAACCUCCACAGUACCCCUAUAUACCACCUCAUAUUACCAAACCUAAAGAACACAAGAAGUUGUUUCUUGUACAGCUUCCAGAAAAAGCAUUAUUUGCUGUACCAAAAAACUACAAGCUAGUUGCAGCACCACUGUUUGAGUUGUAUGACAAUGCUCAAGGUUAUGGACCUAUUAUUUCCAGCCUUCCUCAAGCUUUGAGUAGGUGA